CUUGCCAUCAAGUAAAAGUCUCGUCAUGACAUCGCAGGAAGCGACUCCGUUGUUGGGCAAGACGACGGAGCGUCUGGACGCCAUGGAGAAGAAAAACACGUACUCGCGCUGGAGAGACGACGAUGUGGACGACGACAGCAGCAGUGGAGAUCCGCUAUCCCCCAAGCGAAGACGCAAGUCGGCUCAGCGUCAAAUGCUGUGUAUGCAGUUCAGUCUGCUAUUGUUGCUAGCCUGGGAUUUGGCCAGUCUUCUCGUGGUCUGCAGCUUCAGUCUCGGUGGAUCGGCUUUCACGCGAUUGAGGUGGUUACUGGACAUACAGCAGCCGCAGUGGCGCUUCUGGGGGCUACCUGUCUGGGCCACAUUGAUCAAGAGCGUGCUCUUCCUGCUGGCUACGCGCUGGCCUGACGCGCGCGCCAUCACUUGGUUUGUGAACCUCUUCUGCCUUGCCUUUUUGGGUGUCUUGGCAGUGGACGCGUUUAAGUUGGACGCAAUUUCGCGUCUUGAUGAGGGGAAACAGGCCCUGGUGGACGCCAAUGUGGCCAACUCGUUGCCAUUGAUCUUUACGGUACUUGAAGUGGUCAACUUGAGCUACUUGCUCGACUCGAUCAGGACUCCAGCGCCUGCGGAGAGUGAAGCUCUGCCUCAAGUGGCUGCAGACAAGCCGACGGAGCCUGCGAAGCCUCGUGGAAUCUCGUUCGUUAAGCUCAUGUACAUCCUAAAGCCGUACUUCUGGCCGCAUGGGUUUGCCAACAAGCUACGGGCUGGAAGUACCUACUUGGUGUUAAUUCUCAGCAAAUUGGCGAAUCUUGCGGCGCCGCUCUUUAUGGCAUCGGCCACGAAUGCUCUGGUGGCCAAAGAUACUGGCGGUGCGAUUCGAGAUAUCACCAUUUUCAGCUUCCUGACUCUCGUGUCAAAGUUGUUUAAGGAACUGCAGUCGCUUAUUUACCUCAAGGUGAAGCAGACGGCGUAUAUUGAGCUGGCUACGCUGACGUAUGAACAUGUGCAGUCGCUUUCGUACGAUUGGCAUGUGCAGAAGAAAUUGGGUGAUGUGCUACGCUCGAUGGAUCGUGGUGUGGAGUCUGCGAACAGCGUCGUGUCGUACGUGUUCCUGUAUCUGAUCCCGACCUUGGCUGAGUCUGGCGUGGUGAUCGUGAUCUUCGCGAUGCAUUUCGAACUGGCAGGAUUGAGCUUUGUGGCAUUCACCAGCUUGGUGGUUUAUGCUUACCUUACAAUUAAGAUCACGCUCUGGCGCAAAAAAUACCGUGAAGCGUCGAUGCGCCACGACAAUGAGUACCAUGACAAGGCUACUGAUGCGCUACUUAACUACGAGACCAUCAAGUAUUUCGGUAACGAAAAACACGAAGUCGAAGAAUAUUCCAAGGUAAUUGAGAAGUACCAGCGCUACUCGGUGUCAGUGCAGGCUUCGCUUAGUGUUUUGAAUGGAACCCAGGCUAUCAUCAUCCAGGCUACAGUAUUGGGAGCACUGGCUUUGGCAGUUCCACAUGUAGUGAGCGAGGAGAGUGGACGCAGGAUUGACAUCGGUGCUUUCGUUGCCAUCUCCGUGUACCUCACGAACCUUUUCGCGCCGCUGUUUUUUCUGGGUGGUAUUUACAACAUGGUGAUAAACUCGGUUGUCGACAUGAAGAAGCUGAGCGAGCUGCUGUCGGUGGAACCUGAUAUUGUUGACUCGCCCGAUGCGGUGGAGCUUGGCGUUUGCAAGUACGACUCGGAGAAUGGCAUCGACGUGGCGUUCCGUCACGUUUCUUUCCAUUACCCUUCGCAACCAGCCACUACCGGCGUUAAGGACUUGAACUUUACCAUCCCGCGUGGCACAACGACGGCCCUGGUUGGUGAGACGGGUGCCGGCAAGACGACCAUUUCCCGACUGCUGUUCCGCUUUUAUGAAUGUAACGCUGGUAAGAUAUUGGUGAACCACCACAACAUUGCCACGGUAACGCAGCAGUCAUUGCGUCAAGCCAUUGGCAUUGUUCCACAGGACACGGUGCUCUUCAAUGACACUAUUCUCCGAAACAUCAAGUAUGGCAACCUGAACGCAACGUUCGACCAGGUCGUCGAAGCUGCCAAGGCUGCACGCAUCUAUGAUUUUAUUAUGAAGCUCCCAGAUCAGUGGAACACGAAGGUGGGCGAGCGUGGACUUAAGCUUUCAGGCGGUGAAAAGCAGCGUGUUGCUAUUGCACGCACGCUGCUGAAGGACCCACCCUUUGUCAUUCUGGAUGAGGCUACAUCUGCACUUGACACAGUCACCGAACAGGAGAUCCAGGCGGCACUAAAUCGACUCAAGGCUAACCGCACCAUGCUGGUUAUCGCUCAUCGCCUGUCAACGAUUCGCAACGCGCACCAGAUCAUCGUUAUGCAGGAUGGCGCCAUCGCCGAGCGUGGAACGCAUGACGAGCUACUCGGUCGGCCCGACAGUAUCUACGCUGGAAUGUGGGAUGCCCAGCGCAAGCACGAAGGAGAUGUAUUAGCGACAAAUGACCACAAAGAUGCCCAGGUCGCUGAUGCGGAAUAGGAUUGGAGAAGAAAGUAACGCGCAUUUUUUAAGGAAAAAUGGACGACAUAAUUUGAAGACUUCGAAAUGUUCGAGAGUGCUUGUAUUCACAUUUCCUU